AUGCAAGCUUCACACCAGUGUAAUUUACACCGUUUAGUGACAGAAACUCGGGCCGCAAACCUCAAAUCAAUCGAGGUCCCGUUGGAUUACACACUUUCCUCCAAAAAAUCGCUAGCGCACACACUCCACGAGCUCGAAACAGAUAAAGAUGCCAUCCAAUCGCGACCAUGGAAUCUGCUGCCGCGUUAUUUCAGCCAGGUGUUGAUUCUGACGUUGGCUUUGGUAAAAAUGGCUGUCCACGCGAAACUGGGAGGACUGAUUGAAGUUAUGGGGAUGAUGACUGGCAAGAUCAUUCGCAAUCUGUUUAUUGUUAUGGAUGUGUAUUCACUACCCGUCGAAGGUACGGAGACACGAGUGAAUGCUCAAAGUGAGGCUUAUGAGUAUAUGGUUCAGUACUUGGACUUGUUGAAAAGUGUGGGAAUUGAAGAUAGCAUUGUUGGAUGGUAUCACUCUCAUCCAGGAUAUGGGUGUUGGCUUAGUGGGAUAGACGUUGCGACACAGAGUUUGAAUCAGAACUUCCAGGAUCCGUAUUUGGCCAUAGUAGUAGAUCCCAUACAGACUGCAAAUCAGGGAAAGGUUGAAAUUGGAGCAUUCCGAACAUUUCCUGUUGGACAUGUACCUAGUGAUGCCCUGAAGACUGCUGGCCGUACAGACGAGCCAGGUGCCGCUCGCAAAAGGAGAGAUUUGGGCGCACAUUCCAAUCAGUACUACGCACUCGAUAUCAAGCUCUUCAAGAGCCCAAGAGACGAAGCAUUGGUGGAUCAGAUCCUCAAUAAGUCGUGGGUUUCGAACUUGGCAAUUCCACUGACAGGGUUAGAUGACUACACGCACCGUUUGUCUCAGAAAUUGGGAGACUUUUCGGCUAAUAUGGAUACUUAUGCGGGUCAUAGGGAAACACGCGGAAAUAGCCGUUUCAAUGCACUCUUUGAGUCCAUGGUACGUGGCCGAAGCGCGAGCUGUCAGCCCAGUGGCCUUGGUCUUGCCAACGACAGAUUGGGCAACCAACACACAAUCAUACAUGAAGAUGAAGAAGACGAGGAUGAAGAGGAUGAUGAGGAUGAUGAUUAUGAAGAUGAUGAUGGGAUGAGAAAGGACGAUGAAGAUGAUGACGAUGAAGAUGAUGAGGGAGACAAAGACAAGAAGGACGAGAUGGAUCAUCGCAGUGUCAGCAACUUAGAAGCUCUCGAUUCAGAGAGUUCUGUGUCUAGAAGUACGAGUCAGAUGGUUUUAAUGAGAAAAGACCUGGGUCCUAUCCAACUUGACUAUCGUGAACCGCCUAUUAACAAGCUCAAUUUGUCUAGCAUUGGUGACAGAAAGCGCAGAGAUCGUGAUGAUCAUCGGACAGUUGGUUCCACUGAGUUCCAGUUAGAACGCGAAAGUUUGUACAUGGAAUUUAAACAGAGAAGCAGACUGCUUAAUCAGGUAAGUCAUUCUGAAUUGCUUGGAUUAUUAGCUGAGAGAGCGAAAAAAGAUGUGUUUGGAUCACUCUGA